GUGGCGGGAGUUUGGCGUUAACGCUGAACUCUAGUAGUAGAGAACUCUGUAGAGUGGUGAGUGGUCCAGAGAACAUUUUUCUGCCUUAUUGGUGGUGAGGUGUGGAGCGAAAGGGCUAGCAGUAGGGUCAGAUCCCCUGACAUCUGACACGAAGGAUUCCUGCCCCUCGAUCCCCGCUCUACUCCCGCACAUCUAUUGGCUGACUUCGAACUAAGAUGGCGGCUGUUGCCAUACCUGAUCCUGUGCGGAUUCUUCAAGAGGAGGCAAUGUGCACCAUCUGCCUUAAUUACUUCACAGACCCAGUGUCUAUUGGCUGUGGGCACAACUUUUGCCGAGUGUGCGUGACAGAGCUGUGGAGUGGAGAGGAUGAGGCGGACAAGGAUGAGUCAGAUCAGGAGGAGGACGAGGACGGAUCGGAGGAGGUGAAUGGAGAGGAUGAGGAGGAGGAGGAUAGUGAAGAGGAGGAGAGUGGAGAGGAGAAAGAUGGCGAGGAGGAGGAAGGAGAAACUGUGGGGGCCGGUGAGGGGUGGAACAGCCCCACACAGGAAGAGUACACUGAAGGAGACAGGGAGGAGGAGGCGGGGAAAGAGCAUGAAUUCUGGAGUAUUAGCAGUGGUGGCUCCCACUCGGGCUAUGGGUGCGAAGAGGAGGAGGGUGAGAAGGAAAACCCAUCCUACUAUAUGGCGGACACAGAAGGGAACCUGAGGGGAGAAGAUGAAAAUGAGGAGGAAGUACUUGAGGAAGACAAGGAAGGGGAGCUAGACUCUGAUAGUCCAAUGCCCCCACCUCCAGCCCCUAAAAGGUACUUCACCUGUCCCCAGUGCCAAAAGAGCUUUUCUCGGCGGAACUUCCGCCCCAACCUACAGCUGGCCAACAUGGUCCAGGUGAUUCGGCAGAUGCACCCAAUGCCUGGCAUACAGAUUGCUGUGAAUAAGCAAGGCAUCUGUCCCAAACACAAACAAGCCCUAAAGCUCUUCUGUCAGGUAGAUGAAGAGCCCAUCUGUGUGGUGUGCCAAGAAUCUGGGACCCACAAGUAUCACAACUUGGUGCCAUUGGAUGAGGCAGUGCAAGAGUACAAAGCUAAGCUACAGAGUCAAUUGCAGCCGCUAAGAAAGUGCCUGGAGGAUGUACAGAAUAGGAAGGCCAGAGAGGAGACGCGCUUGAUAGAACUAAAGAACCGGAUGAAGUCCGAGCUGACAUCCGUGGCCUUAGCAUUUGGGCAGUUGACAAAGUUUCUGACGGAAGAGCAAGCAUACGCGGAGCAGUGUCUCCGACACAGGCACGGAGCCCAAUUGGGGCAUGUGGGAGCAGUGGCCAGCAACCUGUCAGAGCAGGCCACCCAGCUAAGGCACUUGCUGGCCCAGGUCCAAGAGCAGAGCCAGGAAGGGGGCCUACAGCUGCUCAAGGACAUCAAAGAGACUUUAGAUAAGUGUGAAGGGGUACAGCUGAAGCCCCUAGCCCCCAGCUGCACCUUCUUGUGCCAACCCCAGAGUCAUGAAUACCUGAAAGAUUCCAUCGUGAGGAAAAUGGGGCAGGUAUUCUGCCAAGUUGAGAAAGCGGACGUGACUCUGGAUCCUGACACUGCUCACUCAAACCUGAUGCUGUCUGCUGACUGUCGGGGGGUCCACCUGGCAGAGCAGCGACAGGACCUUGCUUACACUCCCAAACGCUUCUUGAACAACUACUGUGUCCUGGGGGCCCAAGGAUUCUGCUCCGGCCGGCACUACUGGGAGAUAGAGGUACGUGGACCAGGGGGCUGGGCAUUAGGCGUUGCCUGUGAAUCCAUCAUUCAGAAGGAAAAGUUGGAUUCGGAGGGAUCCCAUGUGGAUAGCUGCAAUUCCAGCUCUGUGGACCAUCAUCUUAACAGCCAGCCGCAGCUGCUCCAGAAGCUGAACUACCAGGGGGGAGUAUGGUGUGUUGCAACCCAUUCCAUUUCAGAGCAGACAUCUUCGAGUUCAACUGAUAAAGCGGGGCGUUUGGGCAUCUACCUGGACUAUGAGGCUGGGCGCCUGGACUUCUACAAUAUGGACAAACUAACCCAUUUGCACACCUUCUCAUCUGCUUUCUUGGGUGAGCGUAUCUUUCCUUUCUUUCAGUUGUUCUACAAGGGCACCUACCUCAGACUAUGCCCUUGAUCAGCCUACCACCUGCAGGGGCCCCUCUGGUCAUCACUCAGGGGUUAAGAGAUAGUGGAGGAUAAUCCAUAAAAAUUAGGGCACUCAAAAACUCCUCCCACUACUUGUUACUAAUUGCGGCUACUAAUUGUUACUAAUUGUUCCUGGCUCCCCCUUUGUAGUAGUCCCCUACUUCUCCCUAGAGGGAGACCAUCAUCUUGAUAAGCUUUCACCUGCUGUUGCUUCCCAACAUACCUGAAUGGAUCCCUGAUAAUGAGAGUAGCUGUCUGGUCUUCCUUCCUUGUCUGCCUAACCCAGUCCAACCCUGGGGUCUGCAUUUGAGUAGGGAAUGAGUGGAGACUGUAAUUUUAUCCUUUAGCUCUCUUUUCCCCACCCAUACUCUACAAGUUUUUUGUGGCUGGAGGGUUUGGACAAGGCACAAAGAUCACCACUGCAGUUGGAUUUUUUAGUACAGAUUUUAGCUAAAGGAUCUCACAGCUGUUUGGAGGGGAGUAGGCUGGGCAAAAGUUAGAACUGGGUAAAGAAACAUCUACUCUCCUGGGGAGUAGGAGGUAUGCUAAGCUUUCCUUCUGUCCUCAGUUUCUACCUCCAUAGAUGAAAUAGUUGACAAGAUGGAAGCUAACGUACUGUUACAUGACCUAGUAAAAUAUUUUCUUCCCCCUUUUUCCAGCACUCAGUCCACAAGCAAAGCUCAUCUCACUCUACCAGACCUCUAGGUCAUUUUACUGCCACUUUCCUUUCCCCUUUGUUCAAUGCAGUUACUUUUGUCAGUUUCCAGACUCUCUGGGAGCCUUUUAGUCCCCCCUCACACACUGGCAUGCCCUGACAGGCUGCCUGGGGAUAGGGACAGGGAGUUUGGAUUGCCAGGAGGAGAGCUUUGUAUAUAAUCUUUUUUCUAGUGACCUCUUGUUGUUUGUCACUUACAAGUUCUUAUUCUCUGUUUGAUUCCAAGGUCAAUUCAUUUUCUUGGGAAACAGGAAAAUGGGUUGUGUUAUAGAUAUAAGAUUUUUAUUCUAAAAAAAAAACAUAAAAACAAAACAAAAUACAAAACAAUUUAAAAAAGGGUUCAUGUUGCAAAUAUUCAGUCAAGUAUAGUCCUGUCAUUGAAACUGUCUUUAUAUUGUUAAUUCUCAGAGAGUACCAUUUGUUAGAAUAAUUUUUAACUUUGUGCAUUGAUAGACUUCUACAUUUCUUUAGCCAUUUCCUUA